AUGCAGUCCCCCGAGGUCUUUGUCGGAUCAAUCGAUCAGGGAACAACCAGUACACGGUUUCUGAUCAUCAAUCGUGAUGGAGAGCCUGUUGCAUCCCAUCAGGUGGAAUUCGGUCAAAUCUACCCCCAUCCUGGAUGGCAUGAGCAUGACCCUCUUGAGCUCGUUGAGUCGGUGGAGACCUGCAUUGCUGGCGCCGUCGAGUCCUUUGAAAGCCAAGGCUUCUCUCGAACUAGCAUUACCUGCGUGGGCAUCACCAACCAGCGCGAGACAACCAUCGUCUGGGAUCAUGAGACAGGUGAACCGCUCUACAAUGCGAUAGUAUGGACAGAUACGCGUUCCCAGGCCAUCGUCGCGGAACUGAAAUCUCGCCCUGGGGCAUCCAAGCUCCAGUCCCUCUGCGGUCUGCCGCUCUCGACUUAUUCCUCCGCGACCAAGUUGCUCUGGAUGCUCGAGCAUGUCCCUCGGGUGCGGGAGGCUUUUGAGCGCGGCACUUUGGCGUUUGGAACGGUCGACGCCUGGCUGGUAUACCGUUUGAAUGGCGGACCUGACGCCAACGUGUUUGUCUCAGAUUCGACAAACGCCUCCCGGACCAUGUUUGUGAACUUGGAGACGUUGCGGUAUGACGAUAGCUUGCUGGACUUCUUUGGGAUCAAGGGGAAGCUCCAUCUGCCCAGGAUUGUUCCCUCCAGUGAUUCCUCGGCUUACGGGGUUAUUGCCAGUGGUACUAUUGCUCGAGUGCCCAUCAUGGGAUGUCUGGGAGACCAGUCGGCUGCGCUGGUUGGGCAGAAAGGGUUCUCGCCUGGCAUGGCAAAAAACACAUAUGGUACAGGCUGCUUCUUGCUGUACAAUGUCGGUGAAAAACCAGUCUUUUCAAAACAUGGACUGCUGACAACGGUGGCUUAUCAUUUUGGCGGGAAGGCCGUCUAUGCCCUCGAAGGGAGUAUUGCUGUCGCGGGAUCGGGUGUCAAGUUCCUCCAAGACAACCUCUCCUUCUUCCAGAAUUCCCGAGAAGUUAAUGAUUUGGCCGUGACGGUGGAGGAUAAUGGCGGCUGCGUAUUCGUGACGGCCUUUAGUGGGCUGUUCGCUCCCUACUGGAUCGAUGAUGCCAAGGGUACCAUUUGUAAGUUUGAGAAGCUGGACCAUCGCAUCCUCGUUGAAGCCUGUUCUCGAUUAUCUCAACAUGUCUCUGACUCUUGGCUCUCCAAAAUUUCAUCUGCUGCAUCAGUCGGCAUCACACAGUUCACACAAAAGGGCCAUAUAGCCCGUGCCACACUAGAAGCAACCUGCUUCCAAACCAAAGCCAUCCUAGAUGCCAUGGAAAAAGACAGCGGCAGCGCUCUCACGGAACUCGCUGUCGACGGAGGCAUGAGUAACUCGGAUUUGGCCAUGCAGACCCAAGCAGAUCUCAUCUCGAUCCCCGUCUACCGACCCAAGAUGCGCGAGACCACUGCGCUAGGUGCAGCUAUUGCGGCGGGUCUCGCGGCAGGUAUAUGGCGCAAUUUUGCUGAGUUGCGCGACAUCAACCGUGCCGGCGGUACUGUGUUCGAGCCCCAAGUGACACGUGAAGAAAGUAAUGCCAAGUUCGAGCAAUGGGAAAAAGCCGUUCGAAUGAGUAAAGGCUGGGUUUCUUCGGCAAAUGAUAGGAAUCAAGACGGUGACAAGCAAGUUGGGCUUGGGAUGACGACUGCUGCAACCGAGUCACUAUUGACGAGUGCCGUUAAAUCUUCCGUGAACGGGAUACUGCCAGAGCAAAGGGAGCAGAGAGACACGUCCACUCUCAACUCAGUGCCACUAGUUUCUGAGCUCGUGACGAAGGGAAACCUUCAGCCAAAAGUGAGCGUCACAACGCAUGCUAUGGCAAACAAAGAUGACGAUCGAGAUCGAGACUGGGACUUGGCGUCACAUAUCAAGACACCGUUCAUCACAGUUUCCAGUGAUUUGGACGAGGCCGAUGAAGAGGACCUGUUCUUGGAGUUGAGAAAGGUGGAAAUCCUGCAAAAGUUGAAGAGGCUGAGAAAGAUGAAGUUGAGCUACUACUGA